CCGAAUGGGGCCAGUUUGACAGUUCUCGCGUGUCGAGCAAGUUGUGUUUUUCAUUACGCGCAAAAAAAUCCAAUUUCCUCCUCAAAAAUGAAUUAAAACGCGAUUCCAAAGGACACUUCUCACAAGUCCUCAGCACCAGGGUACAAGUGCAAGAAAGUGGCAGUGGAGUUGAUGUGAAUUUCACACGAGAAAAGGCGAAAGUUUGCAAAGAAAUAAAAUAAGAAAAACACUAAAAAUCAAUGGAAAAGUGAAAAAAUUCAAGAUCUUGAAGGGAAAAAAGGAAAAUAAGGACAACAAAUGCCUUCGAGGUGAUAAAGUUCAACUUUAGUGAAUGUGGACGCGCGCGAAACAUGUCACGGCGAGUGAAUUUGCUGGGGCUCGUUACCAUCAGUGGGAUUUGUAUUUUCCUCCUUUUGUUCGCCAAUCACCGUACCAGCAACUACCCCGUUGACUUUUACCGGCCACGUCCGCUCUACCAUCACCAUCGGGAACCACCCUCAAUGGCUGGGGAUCACUACUCGGCGGCCAAUGGGGGUGUUUCCACGACGCAAAAUUCAAGUAUUCGCAUUCAGGAUGUGAUCGUGGCACAGCGUGAGCGAAUUGUUGAGGAAAUGAUGCUCUUUGACUACCCCGCGGGCAGAUUUAAUCAGCCAGCGAGUCAGCUGUCGGAGCUCACACCUGAAACGGGGGGGACACCCAUUAGGAGUAUUGUAAUCACAACAUGGCGCUCUGGGUCAACCUUCCUGGGGGACAUUCUCAAUGCCAUGCCCGGGAAUUACUACCACUACGAGCCCCUGCUGAAUUUUGACAUCAUCCAAAUCCGCGGGGAGCCAUUGGCAUCGCAAGCUGUGGCAAAUCUCAAAAAGCUCCUUCGGUGCGACUACAGUGGACCCGGGAUGCGAGACUACCUCGACUAUGGGCAGACGCAUACGUAUCUAUUCAAGCACAAUACGCGCCUGUGGCGAUUGUGCCUGCUAUACCCCAAUUUCUGCUGGCGACCGGAUUUCCUAACGCCCCUCUGUCGGCUAUUUCCGCUGCAGAGUAUGAAAGUUGUCCGACUGCGUCUCGCCAUUGCUGGUCAAUUGUUGGAAGACUCCAGUUUAAAUGUUCGAAUAAUCUUACUUAUUCGUGACCCACGCGGUACCCUCCAGUCCCGGAAGCACCGCGAAUGGUGCCCUGGCCGCCCCGACUGUGAUCAUCCGCCCACCAUGUGCCGCGACAUGGUGGCGGAUUACUAUGCGGCCCAGUUGCUGCUGAAGAAGCACCCUGAACGUUUUCGCGUUGUUCGCUAUGAGGAUCUCUCGCUCAAUCCUCACGAAAUGACGCAGGAGCUGCUUGACUUCUAUGGCCUACCAAUGGACCCCGAAGUGGAGGAAUUCCUCGAGUCACACACAAAAUUGGACAUUGGAGGUGUUAGCUCCACAUAUCGCGACUCAAAGUCUGCACCCUUUCACUGGAUUAAGGAUCUCGCCUUCGAGGAGAUUGACACAAUCCAAAAUGGAUGUACAAAAGCAAUGGAAUUGUGGGGCUAUGCAAAGGCCACAAAUGUAACGAUUCUGAGCAACAAAUUCGAUCCUAUUCUUCCAUAUUCUCUCACGUGAGCACUGCAAUAACUGUGUGGCGUUUUAAAACAAGCAGAAAAUCUCUCAAAUAUUCCAGCAAAAUGUUGGUAAUAUUAACUAAAAAGGAGACUACAUUUUAGAUGAACGAGUCACUUAAUCUAUAGGUCCGUUGUAGGGUAUUUAAAACUGCAUUUUCACUGCGCGAAUUACAAUUAUUAAUUUAAAAAAAAAAGAGUAAAGAUAUAGAAUAUAUUUUGAGUCAGAUUAUGGAUGAAGACAGGUAAGUUAGAGAAACAAAUAAACGAACAAGAAAAAGACAGGAAUGUUAGUCACAAACAUGGUCACCAAAAAACCACGUUAAACUAGUUAAUCUUUCAAUCCUGAGAUCAAUUUUUUAUUUAGGAAUUUAAUUAUACUGAUUAAUUUUCCCUGAAAAAAAUCAUCAUUGAAUGCGCUGUGGUUUAUAUUUUUAUUUUUACAAUUUCCUAAAAUUUAUCUUUUUUUUUAAAGCUAAUUAAUUCUUCGUUUUAAGGUUUAAUAUUAUAUAUAAAUUAUUAGUUUCUAAGAGAUUUAUUUUCUUUAUUUAUUUUAUUAUUAUUUUAGAAAAAUUCCACUUUUUUUUUAAUUUUAAAAAUGAACUGCAAUAAAAAUUCUCAUGGGAAGUAGAGAAAUUCACCCCUAAAGUGGAUAAUUGUGACGGAAAUUCGGGCUCAAAUUUAAACAGGAAAAAAUGUAGGUAAUUUGUAGGCUUAAAAAACGGAAAAACAGUAUAUUGUGGUGCCUUCUUGGGUAAUUUUAAGGAAUUUUUCUUUUUCCCUUUUGGCUACAAUAAAAUAAACAAAACAAACACAAUCGAAAGCUAGAUCACCGUUCUUUAUUCUUUCGAUUUUGCUAUACAUAGUUAGGGCAUUGAAAUAGGAUGAAAAAGAAAAAAGAAUGUUUAAUGACAAUUUAUUUAUUUUAGUCACAAAUUCUCCCAAAAAAAAAUACUUGUCUAUACACAGAGGAAUUGUUAUUUUAAUAAAUAAACCGCAAAAGACAUGCAAACGACCCAUA